AAUAGAGGGCGCCAUUGCAUUAUACCGGCAUGUGGAUGAUGAAAGUCGGAAGGGAAUUCCGAGCAAAUUGUGCUGUCAAACAUUGAUCUUUUUCAACUUCGCAAAGGCAAACGAGUUUGAGCAGUAACACCCUGACAUACCUGAGAUGGCGAUGAAGCUUUGUGCUAGUUUUGAAAACCCUCCAGUCGCUGCCUUGCUAGUUGCGGAGUACAUCAGCGGUGCAGUGAAUGUCAGCAUUGAAUGGGGCAAGACCACAAGCCUGAAGGUGUCUGACCAUCUGACAUGCACUAAUUCUGAAGUUAUCUGCCGCUAUCUGGCCCGGUUGUCUCCUAAUAAUGGAUUAUAUGGGAGCAGUCCCCUGGAAGCAACUGAGGUUGACCACUGGCUGGACUUCAGUAGUAACAGGCUUGGUCAGUGCGGAGAGUUCCCAGAAGCCAUAGGCUACCUGGAGAAGACCCUGGGUCCGCGUACCUACCUGGUUGGAAAGACUCUCUCUAUAGCAGACUUGGCAGUCUGGGGAGCUCUGAAAGGCAGUUCAACAUGGGCAGGUAUGCUGAAUAAAGGCCAGGGCCCUACUAACGUGACCCGCUGGUACAAGUUCAUCUCUGCUCAGAGUCAAGUCAAGAAAGUCUCCAACACUCUGCCCAACACUGCCCCUGCUGCUAGUAAACAGGAAAAAGCGGCAAAGCAGGCUGAUGUUGGUGGUUUCUUUGACUUGCCAGGAGCUGAGGAGGGCAAGGUGGUGGUAAGAUUCCCACCGGAAGCAAGCGGGUACCUGCAUAUCGGCCAUGCUAAGGCAGCGUUGCUCAACCAGUAUUACCAGGAACACUUUAAGGGCAAGCUUAUCAUGCGCUUUGAUGACACCAACCCGGCCAAGGAAGACAAGGAAUUUGAGAGGGUGAUAUUGGAGGAUGUUGCCAUGCUGGGCAUCAAGUAUGACCACUUCUCCCACACCUCGGACCACUUUGAUCUGAUCAUCCAGCAUGCCACGAAUCUACUGAAGGAAGGCAAGGCGUACGCUGACGACACGGAGGCUGAACAGAUGAAGAAAGAACGGGAGCAGAGAAUCGAGUCCAAGAACAGGCAGAAUUCGGUGGAGAAGAACCUUGAAGUUUGGGAGGAGAUGAAGAAAGCCACUCCCUUUGGUAGGCCCUGGUGCCUUAGAGUCAAGAUGGACAUGCAGUCGAACAAUGGAUGCAUGAGGGACCCGACUAUCUUCAGGUGUAAGGACGAGCCUCACGUCAAGACAGGAACCAAGUACAAGGUCUACCCAACCUAUGACUUUGCCUGUCCAAUCGUGGACUCCGUGGAGGGGGUGACCCACGCCCUGCGCACCACGGAGUACCACGAUCGCGACGAGCAGUACAACUGGUUCCUAGAGAACCUGAAGAUUCGUAAGGUCUUCAUCUGGGCCUACAGCCGGCUGAAUCUUCAGCACACGGUGCUGUCCAAGCGCAAACUGACAUGGUUUGUGCAGGAGGGGCUUGUGGAUGGAUGGGAGGACCCAAGGUUCCCCACCGUGCGCGGCGUUCUGAGGCGAGGAAUGACGGUGGAAGGGUUGAAGCUGUUCAUAGCAGCCCAGGGUUCGUCUCGGUCAGUGGUCAUGAUGGAAUGGGACAAACUCUGGAGCUUCAAUCGCAAGGUCAUCGACCCCAAAGUGCCUCGGUUCUUGGCUGUAGUGAAACAAGAUGCUGUACCAGUCAUGGUGGAAGGGGCAAAGGAGGAGUCCAAAGACGUGGCCAAGCAUCCAAAAAAUGAGUCCGUAGGAACGAAGAAAGUUUGGUACAGCAGCAAAGUCAUGAUUGACCAGGAGGAUGCCGCCAUCUUAAAGGAAGGAGAGGUCGUGACCUUUGUCAACUGGGGGAACAUUAUCAUCAAAAAGAUCAGCAAAGACAGCUCAGGGAAGGUCACGUCCAUUGAUGCGGUGCUUAAUCUGGAUAAUCAGGAUUACAAGAAGACCACCAAGCUGACCUGGCUAGCCGAGACUGAGAAGGCCCCCUUCAUCCCGGCCGUCAUGAUGCACUUUGAUGACAUCAUCAGCAAGGGCAUCCUGAGUAAAGACGACAACUUCAAGGAUUUCGUCAACAAAAAUACCAAGACUGAGACCAUGUUGCUGGGAGACCCAGAACUCACCACCUUGAAGAAAGGUGACAUCAUUCAGCUUCAGCGCAAGGGAUUCUUCAUAUGCGACCAAGCCCAUGAGGAACCAAGUCGGCAUAGUGGACGUGCCAGUCCCUGCAUCCUCUUCAAUAUACCUGACGGUCACAAGACAACCUCAAACGCAACAAGUAAAGCUCAAGUGCCCGCCAAGAACAACAAGAGCAAAAAGCAAGAGAAUCCAGCCCCGAGUCCGGGUACCGGACCAGCAGAGACUGGUGAUGUGAGCGCCCUCGUGAGUCAGAUUACUGCCCAGGGAGAUGUCGUCAGGAAACUGAAGACCGAAAAAGCCCCUAAGGAGACAAUUGAUGCUGCUGUCAAAGUUCUCCUCGGCUUGAAGGCCCAGUACAAGGCCCAGAUGGGUUCAGACUACAAGCCCCCGGCAGCCGGUAGCCAGAAAGCUGGUAACCCCAAGCCUAACCCAGCCAGUAACCCCAAACCAGCUGCAGCUGAGGCAGCAGGUCCCGAGGCGGCGGCCAUCGUUGAGAAAAUAACCGCCCAGGGUGAAAAAGUCCGCCAGCUGAAGACCGACAAGGCACCCAAGGAAACAAUAGAUGCUGAAGUGAAGACUCUCCUCAGCUUCAAAGCCGACUACAAAGCCCUGACCGGUAGCGACUACAAGCCCCCAGGGGGUGGUCAAAAGGCAGACAAGAAGGGAGACAAGAAGGCAGCCGACAAGCAGAAGGAGAAGAAAGGGGCGGAGUCAAAGAAAGGGGCAGAGUCAAAGAAAGGAGGGGAGAGGAAGAAGGAAGAAAGCAAAGAGGCAGCGGCAGCAGGAGCAGACAAGAAGCAGACGAGACUGGGCCUGGAAGUCAAGAAAGAGGAGAACCUAAGCGAAUGGUACUCGCAGGUCAUCACUAAGGCUGAGAUGAUUGAGUACUACGAUGUCAGCGGCUGCUAUGUCCUGCGCCCCUGGUCCUACUCUAUAUGGGAAGCCAUCAAGGAGUAUUUUGACCGCUGCAUCAAGGAGCUCGGCGUGGAGAACACCUACUUCCCUAUGUUUGUCUCUCAGAGUGCGCUGGAACGGGAGAAGGCACACAUCGCCGACUUCUCUCCAGAGGUUGCCUGGGUUACCAAGUCGGGCAAUACCGAAAUGGCAGAACCAAUUGCCAUCCGACCAACUAGCGAGACAGUGAUGUACCCAACAUAUGCCAAAUGGGUCCAGUCACACAGGGAUCUUCCAAUCAAACUGAAUCAAUGGUGCAACGUUGUGAGAUGGGAGUUCAAACACCCCCAGCCCUUCCUGCGCACCCGUGAGUUCCUCUGGCAGGAAGGCCACACGGCCUGGGCCAACCGCGCCGACGCAGUCGAUGAAGUCUACAAGAUCUUGGAGCACUAUGCCGAAGUGUACGAGUACCUCUUAGCCAUCCCCGUGAUCCGGGGAAAGAAGACCGUAAAGGAGAAGUUUGCCGGCGGAGAUUUCACUACCACUGUGGAGGCCUUCAUUUCGGCCAGUGGUAGGGCCAUUCAGGGUGCUACGUCGCAUCACCUGGGCCAGAACUUCUCCAAGAUGUUUGAUAUCAAGUUUGAGGACCCAAAUAAUGAGGGAUCUCAUGAGUUUGCUCACCAGAACUCGUGGGGUAUCACCACCCGGACCAUCGGUGUCAUGUGCCUCGUCCAUGGAGAUGACAGGGGGCUGGUACUGCCACCUCGAGUAGCUUGUGUACAGGUGAUCAUUGUGCCCUGCGGAAUCACCAAGACGACCACCAAUGAGGUGAAGGAGAAACUGCUCAGCAAAUGCGAUGAAUACGCAGCCAAACUCAAAGCAGCCGGGAUCAAAGUGCGUCAAGACAACCGGGACAACUACAGCCCUGGCUGGAAAUACAAUCACUGGGAACUCAAGGGUGUGCCAAUCCGUGUAGACCUAGGCCCACGUGAUGUCGAGCAGAAAGAGCUUGUGUUGGUGCGCCGGGAUACCAGGGACAGAUUCACCUACAAAGAGAGCGAGGCAGUCAGCAAGGUCAAGGAGAUGUUGGAAGAUAUCCAAAACAACCUCUAUGCCAAGGCAAGCAAGGACAUGAAUGACCACCUGAAAGUGGUCACAACUUGGGACGACUUCUGCUCAAAUGUGGAAAAGAAAAAUCUUAUCCAAGCUCCCUUCUGUGGAGAUAUGUCAUGUGAAGACAAGAUUAAGAAGGAAAGUGCAAGGGGUCAAGAUGUGGAAGUUGGGGCGCCCUCGAUGGGUGCCAAGGGUCUAUGCAUCCCCUUCAAGCAGCCGGCUGAGAUUGCCAAGGACACCAAGUGCGUUCACCCAGACUGCGACAAGCCUGCUAAGUUUUACUGUCUAUUCGGACGGAGCUACUAGACCAAAUGUCUCCCCAGUUGUUAAGAAUGAAUUCUCCACAUUUCACUUAACUGUCAUUAUUCUUUAACAUUGCUUGUGUCAGAUGGGUUAACAAAUUACAGAUAAAGCGGCUGAGGUUUUUUUUUUUUAAAUUGUAGAAUCCGAACUACUCAAAAGGCCAACAAUUCUAUGAUUUUUUUUAAGUUAGGAGUUUUCUUAACGGUUGCAGUGUAGUUAACACUCUUGUUUCCUUUUAGGUGAUUCCAUGGGUUUUCUUAUCAAUACAUAAAGGAAUACAGGGGCGAAUGAAUACACGAAAGUCACACAUCUCUGUCAUCAAAUUCGGAAGAAUUUUUUUCUGUGUUUGUUCCUGCCAUGUAAAUCCAUUACACUAAUACACAUGUACAAACACUUAAUGUAUUUGUUCGCAACAGCACAAGAUUAAAAACAACGGUCAAGUGUAUAUUUCAGAUAAAUGCUGAACAAAAUUUUUACAAAACAAGCACAAAAACUGUACUUUAAACACACUUGACUAACAAAUCUCAGAUAAGCACUGAAACAGAUUCUAGAUUCUAUUUAGGGUAAAAAAGGGCAUCUGCUGAAGUGUCUAUGCACACUGUGGCCAUAAUCUUACCAGAUUUUUUUUUGUGCAUGCUAAACGGAAUGUUUUAUUGCCAUUCGCUAAAUGUUUCACACUUUGGCCACACCCAAUGGUAUAGUUCUAGAGAAAUAUAUACUACAGAGACGUUAUUACAUGCUUAAUGUUUAUGUUUAUUAUAGCUAUAUACAAGUCUUACUUCUAAAGUACUAAAUAUUGUUAUUCUAUUUUGGUGUUUUUUCUGCAUGCUGGUCUUUUCGAAAGUUAUUUUUGUUCACUAAAUGUUCUUGUUAAUUUCUUUUUGGUUCGUUUAAGAAUAUUCUGGUUUAGAUGGCCAAUACCAGAAACAGCACUUCAGCACUAUCAACAAGUAUUUUCCUUGGUUAUGUUUUUAUGUCACUCUAAUUCUACAUCCAAAAAAAGUCAGUGAAAUCAUCAUGUUUUCGAAACUAAUUCUUAUUAGGCGUAGGUGUACCUGUCCUUACUUUUUCCUUAGAGAAGUUUCGUAAAUUUCAACAGUUUUUACAACGAAUGCAAUGAAUCAUGCCUUAUAGUUGAAUAAACAGCAAUUCAAACUGGACAAUGA